AUGCUAUCAAGAUUCAGUAUAAGAUCAAUAAACAGAUCAAUAAUUUACGGUUCUUUCAGAUUUUAUUCCCCACCUCCAUCUAAAUUUGAUUUUCAACCUGGUCCACCAAAAUUACCAAAAGAACAACAAGAAGAAUUUGAAAAUUUACAACAUAUAGCUCAGACUCAAAUUGUAAUUGAUGAAUUUAAUGAUAAAUUAGCAGAAGCAAAUCGUGAAGAACCAAAUAAUACUAAUGCUCCAAAUUUGUCUAAAGAUAACGAUAUUGGAAAUUUUGCUUAUUUUAAAACUAUACCUGAGUUUGAAGGUGAUGUAAAUCCAAAAACUGGUGAAAGAGGAGGUCCAAAACAAGAUCCAUUGAAACACGGAGAUAAUGAAUGGACAUUUAACGGUAGAGUAAUUGACUUUUAA